AGCUCCACGCUCGGUCGCACCCACAAGACGUCAAGGCGUCGAAGGACAGAGGCCAAAACGCAAGGGGAAUAGAGAAUUUAGCUCAGCUCUGCUAGAGAGUGCUGUGUGCAGGCUGCAGAGUGAGUUUACUUCACAACGAGCUUCGUCAAAGCACAGAACAGGAGAAAAGAAAAAUGAUGGAUGAGGCUAAGAGAGGGGCUGGCUUCCUUAAGCCAUCUUCCGAUGAGAAGUCGCCGGCGGCAUCUCCCUUGGGUGCUCCCAAGAAAAUCAUCAUCAAGAGUGCGGACAUGAAGGAAGACAUGCAGUAUGGGGCUGCCAAGAAGGUCGUCGUCAAGAGUGCGGACAUGAAGGAAGACAUGCAGAAGGAAGCGAUCGAAUGUGCUUUCACUGCUUUUGAGAAGCACAGUAUCGAGAAGGACAUUGCAGAGCACAUCAAGAAGGAGUUCGACAAAAAGCAUGGACCCACCUGGCAUUGUAUCGUUGGUCGCAAUUUUGCUUCAGGUGCAUCUCACUGUGAUCACAUUGUCUGUAGCUUUUUCAAAGGUUCAUAUGUGACUCAUGAGACCAACCAUUUUGUCUACUUCUAUCUGGAUCAAAAAGCAAUAUUGUUGUUUAAGUCUGGAUGAUAAUGGUAGCAAUGGUUAUGAUGCUUAUGGCAGUGGAUUAGUGAUGGGUACUACAGCUAGUGCCUGUAUGUAUUAAUUGAAAUCUUGGUGCUGCAAAGUAUUUAGCAGGACAUUUUUUGGUCUGUCUGUAUAUUUUCAUUAGAAUGGUCCUCCUGCAACAGUUCUCUGAGCUAUGGAUCUGAUGCUUACCCUGUAGCUGCAAAUUAAGUUGCCAUUUGUUCUCUAAUAUUUUAUACAAACUUCUUGGUUACAUCACAUGGAGUUUGAGAGUAGAUUCUAUGUU